AUUUAGCGCUUUCACUUUACGAGAGAAUUUCCCGUUUCGACGACGACUAACGACCGCGACGACUCGACGACAAUCCCGCCCAACAAUCCUCACGACAACCACCGCGGCCACCUAACCCGACAAACUUCAAGAUGCCCGCAAAGAAGAAGGCCGCUCCCGCCCCUUUCCCCCAGAGCAAGGCUGGUGCUUCUAAGAAGACCAAGAACCCACUCAUCGAGAAGCGUCCCCGUAACUUCGGUAUCGGUCAGGAUGUUCAGCCCAAGCGCAACCUCUCGCGUUUCGUGAAGUGGCCCGAGUAUGUCCGUCUUCAGCGCCAGAAGAAGAUCCUUCACAUGCGUCUGAAGGUUCCUCCGGCGAUCGCUCAGUUCUCGAACACUGCCGACAAGAACUUGGCCACCCAGACCUUCCGCUUGUUGAACAAGUACCGCCCUGAGACCAAGCAGGAGAAGAAGGAGCGUCUCACCAAGGAGGCUGAGGCCAUUAAGGACGGAAAGAAGAAGGAGGAUGUGUCCAAGAAGCCCUACACUGUCAAGUACGGUCUCAACCACGUUGUCGGUCUGAUCGAGAACAAGAAGGCGUCUCUGGUCCUCAUCCCCAACGACGUUGAUCCCAUUGAGUUGGUGAUCUUCUUGCCCGCUCUUUGUCGCAAGAUGGGUGUGCCUUACUGCAUCAUCAAGGGCAAGGCCCGUCUUGGAACAGUCGUUCACAAGAAGACCGCUGCCGUCCUGGCCCUCACUGAGGUCCGCUCGGAGGACAAGAACGAGCUCACCAAGCUCAUCACCGCCGUCAAGGAGGGAUACAACGAGAAGUACGAGGAGCACCGACGACACUGGGGUGGAGGUAUCAUGGGCCGCAAGGCCAACGACCGCACUGCCAAGAAGCAGAAGGCGUUGGACGCUGCGAUCAAGAUCUAGAUUUUUUCUCGUUCGCAAUGAUAAUAUUCAAAAAACGGCUGCGAGUGAUGAAUCGGUGUUUCAUGGUGAAAAUUUUGCUUGGGAAUUAAAUUUCAUCGGCUGGUGUUUUGCAUACAAUGUGACUUCGCGAUUUUCCAGUGAUUCAAUCCGUCUCUCCAUCGGGCUAGCCAACCGACCAAUUGACCAAAGUUGUG